AUGCUGGGUUCUGCCUCGUUGAGGCCGCUUGCCCAGUCUGGCCGCGGCCAACGCUUCUGGACGGCUGAGCCUCUCAGGGCGGCUUGCGAGGCUAUCCGAAAGGAGCAAUGGUCCAAUUUGUUCGCACUGCCUCGGUCUGCGUCGAGGCAGGGUGUCGUGGCGGAGCCACUAGUGGGAGAAGCGUCGAGCUUUGUGCCGCCACAACUGUAUCUUCAAUCGGAUUGGAUUUCUGGGGGUAGAGUGUGGUUUGUUGCAGUGCGAGUUGACGCGACGAAAGAUGCGGAGGCGUAUCCUUUAGCGUCAAAGCGUAAGCUGGCUGGGUGCAGACGGCUAGGACGUGCUUAUUACAGCAGCUACAGAGGGGGGAAGUCGCCUACGAGCCUUUGCCGGGAAGCGCAGCCACGUGUCUCAGUGGAGGCUUCUUCCGGAUCAUCAUACCAUGCAUUCGCUUCAGGGAACCCUCUCCUUCAGGGCACUGGACAGAGGAUGAUCUACAUCCAAACCUGCCGAGGGAGGCGCCCCAGGCGUGCUGCACCCCUGAUGGGGCCGUCGCUUUUCGUGAGAUACCGACCUCGAGCGUCCGCUUCCACAGCUCACAUCUGGAGCGCCUCUCGUGCUCUGGCACAAGGCACAGGUUCCGAGGCUCUCCCGGUGGCUGGGUCGAAGCCUCACCCUCCUGACAGCACCUUGCCAUGGACUGCCGGCGAGCAGGACUCCGGGAAGGCACCGACUUGCGUUGGAAAGUUGCAGGCGCCUGCCCAGGAGGGUGUCCGCAGUGGAGAGGGACAAAACGUGCUGCACGCAGGCGACGCCCGAGACGGUCGAGAAAGAAGAGCUUCGCUGUUGGCAAGUUUCAACCUGAUGCCGUCACUCCGUUCGCGCCGACUGCAGAGGGACUGCGCCGCCUACUGGGCUCUGUCGAAGGGUCGGCUGAGCGUGUGGGUGGCUCUUUCGACUCUCGCAGGGUACGCAGGCGGCGUGCAAGCUCUGCCGGACUUUUGGACGGGGCUGGCGUCGGGUGCGACUAGCGGCGUCAGUUCCGCAGGUCUGCGUCUGCUUCAGGAGGCAUCAGCCGUCGGCGACCCGGCAGGAGCCGGAACUGUUCUGGCCGCAGUCCUGUCGGGCGUGACAGCGGCUCAGCUUUCGGCGUCCGUGGGUGCGUUAUUCGCUGGAGUCUUUGGAAGUUCCGCCGCGGCGAAUGCACUCAACCAGCUGUACGAGAGAAAGCUAGAUGGCAUGAUGAAACGCACAAGACAUCGGCCGGCUGCGAGCGGAUAUCUUUCACCUCCAGCCUGUGUUACAUUUGCGGCACUGUCAGCGGCGGCGGGUGUGUCUCUGCUGUCUCUUCAUUUCCCCAAUCUGACGACAGCAGCGCUGGCUGCCUUCAACAUCACCCUUUAUGCAGGCGUAUAUACGCCUCUGAAGACUAAGAAUCCGUACAGCACUCACGUCGGCGCGGUUGUUGGAGCGAUUCCACUUUUGAUCGGAUGGAGCGCAGCAGGGGGCUCCCUAGCUUGCUUGCACCCAUGGCUCCUGUUCGGACUGCAGUACUUGUGGCAAUUUCCGCACUUCUACAUGCUUUGCUGGCUUCACCGCGCGGACUACCAGAGAGGCGGCUACAAAAUGUUUGGAGUGACAGACGAUCAGCACGCCAUUCAGACCAAGGCGCUAUGUCGGCGGUACCUGAGCGCGCUUUUAGCUACCCCCCUGCUGUCGUCAUUCUGUGGCGUAACGACGUGGAUGUACGCCGUUUCUUCGCUCCCAGCAAACCUCUUCAUCGCGAACUCCUUCCGACGGUUCUACGCAAACCCAGAAAAGGCAAGCGGAAAGCAUUUCUUUCUCCAUUCUCUCUGGCACAUCAUGCUUCUACUCGGACUCGGGGUCUACCACAUGAAGCCUGUCAGCACCCCGUCCCUAUACGAUCAACCUUCUAAAACAGAGCGCAUUGCCGUUUUGUCGGAGUCAGAAAAUGGUGGCGUGCCCGACGAGCACCGAGGAUGUCGGUAUCUGCGCAUGCUGCUCACUGCGCCAGUCCGAAGUACGUACUAUUUAUACGGAAAAAUGGAGGCUGGAGCAGUUCAGCUGUGCCCAGUGCUGCGCCAGAGGCUUGCCCAGCAGCAGGACGCCGUGCAACGAGGCGCGCUGAACGUGACCGCAGACUCUGCGAUGACAGACAGAGCGUGCGCUGGACCUACAGAAGACAAACGGCGAGCAUUACGGAUGUCUCUCCGACAGCACUGCGCCGGUGCGACCGAGGAGUCUACUGAUAGCGACGCAGCACAAGGCUCGCGCAUGGAAAUGGAGCACACCAGGGGCAGGGAAGCAGAGCGCUUUCCCACUCGACUGGAUUCGCACGCGGGGUGCUCCGAGGCCGGCACGGGAUCUCGUGCAGCUCUCAACUACCGGCAGUUUACGCUAGAGGACGGCGAUCAAGAGCUUCGGCGCUCAUCCUUACCACAGCCUCGCACGGUGCCCACUACGCCUGCAGACGGCGUGGCCUCUGUAGGGGCUUUCCACGUAUUCGGAAGCGGAAUCUCAAGCCCCCACGAGAGUAACCUGAUGAGACGAAUGCGAGGCACCUUAUCUCAGUUCUGUCCGCACGAGCAUAUUGUCGGUCUCCAGCGGGGUUGCCCGGUAAGCCAGGCUACUGCAGUCUUCUUCCCGCGGUAUGAGUCCGUCGCCAGCGAGGAAAGAGGUCGGCGGCCGUCCCGGUCAGGCACUCACAAUUCUCCGACGGCGGCAGCGUCCCCGUCGGACUAA